GUCUCCUGCCAGGAUCAGGAUGGGGGCAGUGUGAGGGAGGACAGAGAGAGAGAGAAAACACACACACAUCACUUCAAUCCAUCCAGACCCAACCAAAAAAAACAGGCUGGAUACCAGAAGGCAGCUUGUAGCUGGGAGAGAAAAAGAACUCUUUGAACAGCCCUUGAAAUAGGUGAAAAGAUGUUUUCGCUGAAGGGUUCUUGCACGUUAUUGGUCCUUUUGCUUAACAAAGUUGUGCUUGGCCUGUACUUCCCCAGGAAGACCUACCAGACCACAGUGUACGUUGGACAACUAGCAGAUACUCCGCUGCUCCAGGUUUACGCUUUACCUGAAGAAGGGGAUGGCACGGCCUACUUUGGGUUCUGCAACAAUCUGCUGAAUGGAUUUCGACACCAUUGGUUUCGGAUCGACGAGAGAUCUGGCGUCUUUUACCUUAACAAGACACUGGAGGAGAGUGAUCUCCAACUGCUGGGUAACAUGGGUGGACCUGAAUUGUAUAAGAUCACGCUCCACAUCUUUGCUGCUCCUGAGCCCCAUAGGGAGAAGGAGUGUAAAACCCAAGUGAUAGUUAUUGUGGUGAAUAAAAGCCCACCCCCAUGUGCCAACAUCACAGCAGAAGACCUCUGUUUUGGGGAAGUGGACUCGAAGGUUCAAAUUAUUGAGAACACGUACCCUGGCACGUUCUUUCAAAUGGACUCAAUGCCAAACCAGUACCAGUGCCAAUUUGCCAACAUCUCAUAUCAUCUAAUAGCAGGUGGUUCCGUUCCAUUCAGGAUUAAUGAGCAGACGUCUGAGGUCAGUGUGGAAAAGCCGCUGGAUAGGGAACAGAGGGAGACAUACGAAAUGAUUGUCAGAUGCACCUUGCAAACAGCUGUGCAAGUGACAAAGGUUGGGAGGUCCUUGCAUGUGACUGUCCUUGACAAAGGUGACAAUGCUCCAUACCUCCCUGAUGGCAACGACACAGCAGAGGCUUUUAUUGAGUUCAACAGGAAAGAGAACACGGUGGUGGUAUCUCUCUCAGUGUAUGACACAGACAGCACCACCAAGUACGCAGUUACAGUGAUGAGAAAUGACACUUGGAUCACAGACAACUUCAGAGUGAAGACUACGCCACUGGAAACACCUGCCAGCACCGAGAGCCCUGCUCGAGGGACAGUAAACAAAUAUGAGUUAAUACUGAAGAAAAACCUAUCAAUCUCUGAGAACCGGUCAUUUAGUUUGGAUGUCCUGGUCCAUGAUACAGAGUACAGUGGCCCAAACAGCUCAGUGAUGCUUCAUUUCAACGUCACCAUCCGCCCAAUAAUAAUCGAGUUCACUGAGAAAGUCUUCCAUUUCUCACUGAGCAGGAAUGCUGGACGAUCCGCGAAGAUUGGAAGGAUUUGCAUCGCAAACUGCCACAACUUUCAAGCGUUAAAUAUAACCUACACACUGGUGCCCCUAAUUCAGACUGAGGAGAAUGCUACUCAUCCAGAAAGAAACUGUUCUUCCAUCGUGGGGGUCCUGAAGAGAGCCGAGGAUAUAUUCGGAUUCCUGUAUAUCAACGAUGUGAAAAUGUUGCGGACAGGCUCCUGCACCAGGCUGCACUAUAUUAUCAUUGCCAAUGAGUAUUUGAGCAAGGAGGUGGCUAAGGCUAGCAUCAUUGUCACGCUCGAAGGCUCGUACACAGACAGAAAUAACAAUUGUCCCAAAAUCUGUGCAACAAACAGGCAACGUGCUGAGUGUGAGGGAUGUGGUGGCCUCGGUACAUUGACGGGGAAAUGUCAGUGGCGACAGGGCUUUGAGAAGGGUAUAUCAAAAAACUACUCCACUUGCUCAUCGGACCUCUCCAGCUGCCCUGAUGGAUACUGCGAUGUUGUGGAGAAGAAGAAAAGCACCUGUCCCCAAGAUUGCAUUGAAUGGGACAAGGUUGUCGGCGGAUUUGAACCUGGAGAGCUGGGAGGAAUUAAAGGAGGUUUUGGAACAUGCGUUUGCUAUUCCGAUAACAAAUGUGUUUGCCAAAAGGACGACAUUGUUGAGCUGGUUUGCGACGAUCUGUGUAAAACUGUAAUUACAGCAGCAGUUCUGCUGUCCUUCAUCCUGUCUGUGCUGCUCUCUUCCUAUUUCAUCCACCGCUACCACAACAACACUCCCAAACCACCCAUUGCCUCAGCUGAAAUGACCUUCAGGAGACCUGCUCAGGCUUAUCCCAUCAGCUACUCCUCGAACAACAUUCGGAGACCUUCCAUGGACUCGAUGGAAAAUCAAGUGGCAGUAGAUUCUUUCAAGAUACCAGAGGAUCCCAAGUGGGAAUUCCCAAGGAAGAACCUGGUCCUGGGAAAGACCCUUGGGGAAGGAGAAUUUGGGAAAGUGGUGAAGGCGACAGCAUUCAGGCUCAAGGGCAAAGCUGGAUACACCACUGUGGCAGUCAAGAUGCUGAAAGAAAACGCGUCUCAGAGUGAGCUACGGGACCUCUUAUCUGAGUUCAAUCUGCUGAAACAAGUCAGUCACCCCCAUAUUAUCAAGCUGUAUGGAGCCUGCUGCCAAGAUGGCCCUUUGUAUCUCAUCGUGGAAUAUGCCAAAUACGGAUCUCUGAGGAGCUUCCUAAGGGAAAGUCGCAAGGUCGGCCCUAGUUACUUGGGUGAAGGCAAUCGAAAUUCCAGUUACUUGGAUAAUCCGGAUGAGCGAGCCCUCACCAUGGGAGAUUUGAUAUCCUUUGCCUGGCAGAUCUCCCGUGGCAUGCAGUACCUGGCUGAAAUGAAGCUGGUCCAUCGUGACCUGGCAGCACGGAAUGUUCUAGUCGCCGAGGGACGUAAGAUGAAGAUCUCUGAUUUUGGGCUCUCCAGGGAUGUGUACGAGGAGGACUCUUAUGUAAAACGAAGCAAGGGUCGGAUUCCCGUCAAAUGGAUGGCGAUUGAGUCUUUGUUUGAUCACAUCUACACCUCGCAAAGUGAUGUCUGGUCCUUUGGCAUUCUUCUUUGGGAAAUCGUGACACUGGGUGGAAAUCCAUACCCUGGAAUUGCCCCGGAACGCCUCUUCAAUCUCCUGAAAACUGGAUACCGGAUGGAGAGACCGGAAAACUGCAGUGAGGAAAUGUACAACUUGAUGCUGCGAUGUUGGAAACAGGAGCCAGACAAACGGCCUACGUUCACAGAAAUCAGCAAAGAGCUGGAGAAAAUGAUGGUGAAGAGUCGGGACUACUUGGACCUUGCAGCCUCCACGCCAUCAGACUCCCUGCUCUAUGACGAUGGAGUGGCAGAAGAAGAGACGCCAUUGGUAGACUGUAAUAAUGCUCCCCUCCCUCGGUCCCUCCCCUCCACAUGGAUUGAAAACAAACUCUACGGCAUCUCGUAUCCUUGCUGGUCCGAAGACUGCUCUGUCCCCAUCACGAGAUUCGAUGGAACUAACUCAGUCUUUACAAGAUAUGCAAAUGAUAGUGUUUAUGCAAACUGGAUGAUGUCACCAACAGCCGUAAAAUUUAUGGAGCGUUGUGAUAGUUAAUAGUCAAAUAACAAAGCCCAUGGAGAGCCACACACACACAUACACACACACAACACAAAACAUACAUGCAUUAUUUCUUUGGCUCCUCUUCAUAACACUGGACAGGCCAAAACUGUGUGAAUGUGGAUUCUGAAGUUCUCACAUGGUGCCAGAGAAACUGGGGCAGAGCGACUGACCUCUGAACCCUCACCUGCAGUGACCUUUUCCUUCAUAGCGGUCUCUCUUUUGCCUUUGAAACUCCUGGUGUUGAGGGCCAGUCUGUCCCGAAACUGGGCAAAAGUUGCCGGGUCUCCUGCUCGGACGAUUUUGGCUAUUAACUUCUAAACUCCAUGAGUCAGAAAAUGUGAAGCAUGCCAAAGUCAAAUAGCCAGAGGUGAAAGGGAUGGCGACGCGGGGAAAUGAUUUGCACGGCUUGAAAUGUUGCAGCAACUUCUGUGCCAACUGCUGAUGUCCUGAGGCUGAACCAAUUAGAUUUUUAGAGUGACUUAUUCCCGUCGUUUUGAAUAAACCAACCCUAUCCAUGACCAGCAGGAACUCAGUGGUGACCGACUGUUAAACUUGCAUUUGGGUGCAGCUGGAGCCAAUGACGCUGGCUCUGUCUGUUCAGAGAAAUACUUUACUGCCUCUGUCUGUGCACCAGAUCCCCACUGAGCCACAGUCCCCGAAGCAAAUGGGGUUGGGUGGGUAGCCAAAUGAUGCUCAGGAGCAUCGUGAGGCCAUUCGGCCCCUCGAAUCCUGGUUGCAGUCACCUCCCUCAAUUCUACCUUGCCUUGGGGUCCUACGAAUCCCUGAGUAAUAAAUACAUUGAGGGAGCACUCUCAGGGCAAGGAGAGAUUCUCUACCGCCACCACCAUCUCAGGGAACAUAGAAACAGGCACGACACCAUUCAGCCCCUUCAACCCUGUGCUACCGUUUGAUCCUCCAUCCACCAGCCUGGUUCUACAAGGGCCAGAGAUGGUGGUGUAAUGGUAAAAUCAUGCACCCCUAUUCCAGAGGCCUUGGAGACAUGGGUUCAGAUACUAUUCCAGCAGUAACUGCUGGAAAUGUCAAUCCAGUGAUGGAGACCUGCAGUGGAAAGCUAGCCUCAGUAAUUGUGACCGUGGCAACUAUAAAUGAUGGCUGUUAAAAAAAAAUUCCCUGCAAAGGCAUUUCUUUAUGUAUUAAAGAUAAUAAUUAGAGGGGUGUAGGCGUCGGUGGCUGAGUCAACAUUUAUUCACCAUCCCUAAUUGGCCUUAAGAAGGUGCAUCAGUGUUAUGCCUACAGAUGCCUUACCUUGCUCCUUCUACAGUUUCAUGAAUGCACAGUCUGCUAAUGAAAAGGGAAGGAAAUCUGCCAUCCUUACCUGGUCUGAUCUACAUGUGACUGCAGGCCCACAGCAAUCUGGUUGACCCUUAACUUCCCUCUGGAAUGACCUAGAGAGCCAAUCAGCUCAAGGGAAAUUCUGGAUGGCCAAACAAUGCCAGCCUCCUAAUGUUGCCCAGAUUUCCCAAUCGAACAACCAAACCUGUUUAACCCUCUGGGUGGGGCUGCGCAGCAGUGCAAGUGAAAAAGUGUGUGUGGAAGAUGCCUGAUUGGUCUUGACUCAUCUGCUCACGUUCCUUCAGUGCGGGUCGGGUUCGCCACAGCAUAGUUGCUUCAUGGCCUGUGGGUCCAGCUUCAUGCACUCACCCUCAGAAAGGUUGUAGGCAUUGAGAAGCAAAUGGGGUUGGAUGGAUGUCCAAAUGGAGUGGCACAGUGGCUCAGUGGUUAGCACUGCUGCCUCAUAGCAGGGACCCAGCUUCUAUUCCAACCUCGGGGUGACUGUGUUUGUGGAGUUUACACAUUGUCCCUGUGUCUGCGUGGGUUUCCUCCCACACUCUAGAGUUGUGUAGCUUAGAUGGAUUGGCCAUGCUAAAUUGCCCACAGAGUCCAGGGAUUAGCCAUGAGAAAUUACAGGGAUAGGCUAGGGGUGUGGGUGGGAUCCUUUUCGAAAGGGCAGUGUGGACCCAAUGGGCUGAAUGGCUUGCUUCCAUGCUGUAGGAAAUGAAAUGUAAUGCUCACCGGCAGAACAGGAAACCAGUUCCGCAGUGCCUGGGUGUUUUACAUCAUGGCUCCUUCUGGCUGUCUGGGUUUCUGACUGCACAGUGAGAGGUGAAAUCAGCAACUGGAGUGAAUGCACUCACAAUGUAAGACCCUUUUGAGUUAUUACAGCACUCCACCCCUCAAGCCCGUCGGGGAAACACAGUGGCUCAGUGAUUAGCACUGCUGCCUCACAGCAUGGGAAUUCCACCCUUGGAUGACAGUAUGGAGUUGCGCAUUCCUCCCCCCACCCCCUUACUGUCUGCAUGGGUUUCCUCCCACAGUCCAAAGAUGUGUAGAUUUGGUGGAUUGGCCGUGCUAAAAUUGCCCACAGUAUGCAGGUUACAUGCAUCAAAUUUGUGAAUUGCAGGGUUGGGAUGGGCCUGGGUGAUAUGCUCUUUGGAGGGGUGGUAUGGAAUUGAUGGACUGAAAGCCCUAGUUCCACACUGUCAAGAUUCUAUUCGGUACUAAGCCAAACAAGUGUUCUAAGGGUCUGCACACCACAUAAGGAGCAGGAUAAGAUAUGUGGUCUCAAAGUGACCAGGCUUCACAAUGUUUUGCACCUUCUCCACUCAGGUAUGGUUGAAUUGAAUAUUGAAUUGCUGGCUCAGCCAGUAUGUCAACAUCCUGUGAACGAUUUUGUUUUGUUUAAAAAGACCUUUGCAGGAAAGGCUGGGGAAUUAGCAUUGAGUGAUUGCUGAAACGUGUCCAGUUUCAUUCACCUCUGGGCCUUGGGGUUCUUGAGGAAGGACCGUUUCCAUUGCAUCUCCAUGUUUACAAGUAUACACAGAAAUCAACUGUGUAGUUGUAGACAUCAAAUUGGCUGAGCAGAGAAUGAGGGAGGAAAUGCCAUAGUCCCAUGACAAUGAUUGAAUGGGAACUUUCAAGUUCAACAGCAAACUGUCUAUAAGUAGCUGCUUGAAGAAUUUUAAUAGACCUGGGGUUAAGGGGACAGACAAAACUAUAAAGUGUGCAAAGUUUAAUAAAGUAUCCAAGUGCUUUGAUUGUAUCUACACCUAGCCUAGCCUUCUGCGUUUUCUAUGAAUGGCAAUGAGGAAAUUAGGAGAAAUGGAAGGAACCAGGUUUGGGGACUUCUAUAGGACAUAGAGUGACAUUGCCAUCUGCUGGCAAGAACAGGAACAGCACCCUCCCCCUCAACAGCCACGGGCCUUUGCUAUUACUGAUUUAAGGAGUUAAGAAAUUACAAGGGGCAGGGGAAAGCUAUUGAAAUCUGGGCAUUUUCACAAUGGUACCCAACCUUGGAGUGGGUGGGUUGGGGGGGGGGGUGGUUUAUUGAAAGUGGUAAUCAGUUCAAUUUUAAGCAGUUUAACCCCUCAGAUAUAAAAAAAGUCAAUUUAUAUUGUACUCAGCGUGGGGCUAAAAUUGCUCACAGCCUAUUUCCAGGCUGCAAAUCUGGAGAGGGUGACAGAUUCUCUCCAAAAGGUAAUGACCAUCCUGCAGGAAAUUCUGUUUUGUUUAAAAUGAAAUGGCUGAAUCUUGAGAAAUUUGAGAAAAAAAACUCCUUUCAUCCCCAUGUAGAGAUGUGAUUGCCAAUGUCCCUGUUCAGUCUGCAGGCGAAAUGGUGCAAGAUUGCCUGUUAGAUAUGAUAAGAGGAUAAGUGUGUGAUAAACCUAGAGGAAAAAGCCAGUUAAAAAAAGAAACAGUCCUACUUGGAAAUGAAUGCAUUGGUUGUAAUGUUCUGUGGUCUACAAAACAAGACACAGCAUUUGCAAGUUUCCAGUGAUUUUCUUCUUUUAGCAUGAGAGCACCCAAUUUCAAUAGUGUGAGCAGAUCUUUGUUUUAUUAACAAUUAAAAAUAUAUUUCCACUUAAGUGAUUGAAAAUGGAUAUUUGUGUUAAAGAGAGAUUCCCCCUCUGUACUACCACCCACCCCUCAUCAUGAUUCCUUGCCAACAUUCCUCUCAACUGAUACUGCCAAAACUCAGACUUAACUCUUCACUGACUCUCUUGUGGAGUCUGGGGAUUUCAACAAGCUGGGCUCCCCAUUUUUUUGUUGUCGCUGUGAACUAUAAUAUGCAGUCCGUGUCCAUGUCUCGUCCCUGCUCCGGUCACAGCUCUUUGCAGCAGCAAAGCUAUUGUGUUGGCCUGGUGCUGCCUCUGUGUCAUAUGUGGCAUUUUCUUUCGCACAGAAUAAUUUAGGAAGUAUUUUUCUAAAAUGUAAAAAAAAACAAGUAUUGCAAAUAAUGCCAUUGUACUGUGUUGAUUAGAAUUAAUUUAUUAAUUUUGGAAUUGUCUAUUUAAACUGAAUAUUUCAGUGUAUUUUUUUUCAAGCAUAAUGCUAUUUGUUUUGUGCCUGUUGUGUAGAUUUAGCGGGCCUUAUUGAUGAAAUGUAAUGCAAUA